AUGAAUAAUCCAUGUCAACAUAAUGGAUUUUGUAUACCAAUUGAUGAUCAUAUUAAUUUAUAUGGAUUUAUCUGUAUUUGUAAAGAAGGUUAUCAAGGUAAACGAUGUCAAUAUAAAAGUAAUCAAAUUGAUAUUCGUAUAGAUGAGACAAUAUUAACAAUAAGUUCAUCAUUUAUUCUACAUUACAUAAUAGCAUUUGAUAAAUAUACAAGACAUGAACGAAUAACUACAUUAAAAAAGAUUCCUUUCGGUUGCAAUACUAUGACCAUUUAUAUAAAACAAUUAUUUAACAUUCUUUUCAUACAAAUACCUGAUGUAUCAUUAAAAAAUCGUUGUUAUCCAGUUCUUGAUCUUUUUAAUGAUACUUUACGUCAAUAUAAAUAUCUACGUCGAGUAAAAUAUUAUCCAUUUUUAUGUCGUCAAAAUUUACAAUUGAUGUGCUUUUAUGAUGAAUACUAUAUGUGUAUAUGUGAUAGUGAUCGAUUUUCAAAUUGUUUCGAAUUUAAUCAUUCGAUGAAAUAUGAUUGUAAUGGAAAAAAUCUUUGUUAUAAUGAUGGUCGAUGUUUUAUCGACAAUGAAACUUGUCCAACAAUAUCUAUUUGUGUAUGUAAUGAUUGUUACUAUGGAAGACAAUGUCAAUUUUCAACAAAAGAUUUUAUUUUUUCACUUGAUCCAAUUCUUGGAUAUCAUAUUAAACCAAAUAUUUCAUUUGAUCGACAACCAUUUAUUAUCAAAUUUAGCAUUAUUAUUAUUACAAUUAUGUUGAUUUCUGAAUUAAUCAUGGGUUCAUUCUGUAUAACAACAUUUCAAUUGAAAAAAUCAAGAGAAGUUGGUUGUGGUUAUUAUCUUUUUAUAUCAUCAAUUAGUUCAAUGUGUAUGAUUAUUAUAUUAACAAUUAAAUUUUGGCAACUUGUUCUUUCACAAAUGUCAAUAAUAACUAAUAGAUCAAUACUCUUUAUUAAUUGUAUUUCAAUUGAAAUAAUUCUUAAAUCUUGUUUAGCAUCAAGUACGACAUUUAAUAAAAUAAAGAGUAAGAUAAUAGCUAAACGUAUAACUUUUAUUAUUAUUAUUUUAAUCAUACUUACACAUAUUCAUGAUCCAUUUCAUCGAAAAUUGAUUAAUGAUUUGGAUGGAGAUCAACAACGAAUAUGGUGUUUAUCUCAAUAUUCAUCUACAAUAACUAAAUAUAAUACAUUUAUUACUCUUUUUCAUUUUCUUGUUCCUUUUUCAAUCAAUUUAAUAUCUGCUUUUGUAAUUAUUAUAGUAGCAGCUCGUCGUCGUGUAAGUAUAGAAUCGAGACAAUCAUUCAUGCAACUUUUUCAAUUGAAACUUAAAAAAUAUAAACAGAUUAUAUUUGCACCUAUUAUUUUAUUAGUAUUAAGUUUACCACGUCUUAUUAUUUCAUUCAUAUUGGGAUGUAUGAGAUCACCAUAUUACUCUUGGUUAUAUUUGAUUGGUUAUUUUCUCUCCUUUAUACCAUCAAUGUUAACAUUGUUUGUGUUUAUUUUACCAUCAAAAAUUUACAAAAGUGAAUUAAAUAGAACAAUGCAUCGAUGGAUUCGAUCAUUUCGUCGAUGA